AUGAGCCAUAGGAAGCUCUUUUUCUUGGGCCGCACACUUUUGAAAAGGUGCAGGAUCUUAGUUCUUGAUGAAGCCACGGCCUCUAUAGAUAAUGCAACUGAUGCCGUCCUUCAGAAAACGAUCCAGUCAGAAUCCAAACAUUGCACCGUUAUUACUGUCGCACACCGUAUACCAACAGUUAUGGGCUGUGACAUGGUACUUGCAAUAAGUGAUGGGAAAGUAGUGGAGUAUGACAAGCCCAUGAAGCUCAUGGAAACUGAGGGAUCUCUCUUCCGUGAGCUGGUCAACGAGUACUGGUCAUACACAUCAAACGGAAAUGUUUAG